AUGAUAUACGCCAUCACAGAAAUAAACCAGCGUGCUGGGGUUCUACCCAACUUCACCAUUGGAUAUGACAUCUAUGACACUUGUGGAGAUGUCAGCUUUGCCAUAAGAGCGACACUCCAGAUGUUGAAGAACCGUGAUAAAUGCUUAGUACCUCCAACCUUUCAAUCUGCUUUACCUGAACCCCAAACAAAGGCAGUGAUAGGUGAAAGGUAUUCUGAAGUAUCAAUAGCUGUUGCACGAGUUUUUGCUCUGUCAUCAGUGGCCCAGAUUAGCUAUUCUUCGACUAGUGAGCAACUCAGCAGCAAGUUAAAGUUCCCAACUUUUCUGCGAACAGUACCUAGUGAUCUGUAUCAGACAAAAGCCAUUGCUGAGCUGGUGAAACAGUUUAAUUGGAAAACAGUGGGCAUUAUAGGAAGUGAUGAUGAGUACGGGAAGUACGGCAGUGAUAGCAUUGCGGACAUAAUCAGUAAAUCUAAGGAUAUAUGCAUUGAAUUCACUGAGAUCCUGCCUGAUAACUUUUCUACGAACAAUUCCAAAACCAGGCUGGCUUUGCUGGUACGCAAAAUCAAUGCAUCUUCUGCUGAAGCCGUUAUCGUGUUCACCAAGGAAGCCAAUGUUGUUAUCAUCAUGGAAGCAGCUAUCAAACACAACCUCAACAGAACUUGGAUUGCAAGUGAUGCAUGGUCCACCUCUGAAAACAUCACUGCAAUGCCACGCAUUGAGAUGGCCGGGGAGGUUUUCGGAUUCAUCUCUAAGAGGAAUGAGGUUCCUGGUUUUAAAGACUAUGUCAUCUCAAUGUUCAACGGUACCAAUAACACCAUUCUCGAACAUCACCUGACUCAGUAUCCACUUUGUUCUAAUCAGUCUGAGAAGAACAGAGGAAGUAAUUGCUCGCUAACAGAGCAAUGUCUGGAUCUGAGUUGCUUGGCUAGUUACGUUGACCAGGAUGAAUCAUACUAUAUCUACCUAGCUGUUCAAGUCAUUGUUGAGGGGCUUCGCAGCUUGCUAAAGUGUCACAAACACGUGUGUGAACGUAGCACCCCAUUUACAGCCUUGGAGCUUCUUAUGGAAAUCAAGAAAGUAAACUUCACUGUGAACACCACGCAUAUAUUCUUUGACGCCAAUGGAGACCCCAACAUAGGAUAUGAUAUUCUACGUUGGGUCAUGGCUGAAUCCCCCACACGCAUACAAACCAUUGGCCAUUACUGGCCAGAUGGAAAAUUUGAAGUCCCUGAUGAUCUUGUUAGAAGCAUGCGCAAUGUGACGGUAACAGCCUACAACUGCUCUAAAACGUGUAAACCAGGACAGGAGUUGAAAAAGCAAAGCAAACCGUGUUGCAACAUUUGUGUUCCAUGUGCAGAAGGAGAAUUUUCUCCUGGAGAUGGUGUGGAGUGUAAACCCUGCAGUUCAUGGAACUAUUCGUCUCCAGAGAGGGAUAUCUGUUUGGAGAAAAUGGUUGACUUCCUCAACUGGUCAGAUCCCUUCAAUAUCUUUUUGAGUGUCUUGGGAGUCUUUGGUAUUAUAGUUUCCAUUGUGUUUGCUAUUUUGUUUGCAAUCCAUCGCAGAACUCCUGUUGUUAAGGCCGUUGGAGGUUACCUGUGUUUCUUGGAGCUUUUGUCCUUGCUGCUCUGCUUCUGCCUUACAUUUAGCUUUGUGGGGGAACCCACUGAGGCUUCCUGCAAGGUAGGCCUGCCUCUCUUUGGCAUAGCCUUCUCCCUCUGCAUCUCCUGCAUUCUGGCCAACCUGCUCCAAAUCUUCGUGGGCUUCAACUUUGACCUAAAGUUAGGCUCCUUGAUGAAGAAGCUCAACCAGCCGCUGGUUGUGGUGACAAUUGUCUCUGGGAUCCAGUUGGCCCUGUGUGUGCCAUGGCUGUACUUGCAUCCCCCAUUUCCUGAAUAUAAAGACAUAUCAAGCGAGAUUGUCCUGCGGCAGUGUAACAAAGGCACCCCUGGAUUCUUUAUUGCCAUGUUAGGCUACAACGCUUUCUUGGCCCUUAUUUGUUUCCUGUUUGCAUUCAAAGGUCAAAAGUUGCCAGAUCUGUAUAAAAAUGCAAGUCUAAUCACCAUCAGUAUGCUGCUGUUUUUAAUUGUUUGGAUUUUCUUCAUCCCGAUUUAUAUCAGUUUGGUUGGGAAGUACAAAAGUGCCAUUGAAAGCUCCGCCAUUCUCAUUUCUAGCUACAGCAUCCUCGGAUGUCACUUGGCCCCAAAGUGUUACAUCAUGGUGUUCAGGAAAGAGAUUAAUAAUGAAAAUGCCAUUACUUUGUACAUCAGGAAGCAUUAUGAGCAGAGCGACAUAACUGUGGUGAAAUCAUAA